AUGGACGCUUUUCGACUGUUGACUCGGUCAACCAAGCUGAAGUCGGCCCCGCUCACUUCGGCGUCUGCGGCCAGUCUCCCAUCCAAGGGCAAAGCCGCCAACCCGCAGCUCUUCCGCACCGCCGAGACCGAGAAGCUCGAGUCCGCGAAGCACGGACAGAAGAGAAAGAGAGGUGCUGCGGCCGAUGAUAAUGAGGAUGGAGUCGAUGCGCCCGAGCUGGAUUUCUUUCAGUCGAGUAAACGCGCUGCUUCAAGCGCAGCCGAGGAGACCGGCCGCCACCACGACCAACCACCUGCCCAAAACGAUGGAUCGGAUGACGAGGAUGCGAUGGACGAGGUGGAGCGCCGGACGAUUCUCAACGCGCACAAGAUCAAGGUGACGGACUUGCGUGAUAUGGACGAUAUCCAGCCCCAGCCGGCACCCACGAAGGAGUCUAAGAAGAAAAAGAAGAAGCAAAAGAAGGAAGAGGCUCCGGCGCUCAGUAAAAAGGAGCAGAAGCGCGCUCGCCGUCUAUACCCGCAGCCGCUGGUUUCUUUCAAGGAGCUGCGCUCCCGAUACAACAUCUCCCGUCGGUUGGCAGAGAAUGUUGCCGAGCAAGGAUUUACCGUGCCCACGGAAGUGCAGCUGGGAAGUUUACCGCUUCUAUUGGGGGAUCUGUCGCUCGCUUCCGAUACAAGCGAGGAGAAUGGAACUGACCCGGAUCUUCUGGUGGUGGCGCCUACGGGCAGCGGGAAGACGCUGUCGUUCCUGAUCCCGGUAAUCAACAAGAUCGUGCGCCAUCACCACUCCAGCCCCGGCGAGAAUGGAAUCUUGUCGCUGGUUGUGGCGCCGACCAAGGAGCUUGCGAGCCAGAUAGUCAACGAGGGACGCAAACUGGUGGCUGGGACCGGUGUGAAGAUCACGCUGAUGCGGAAAGGCAUGCGCGUGGUGGACCGGGAUGGCGACGACGCCAAUGUACUCAAUGAAGAUAGCGGUGCAUCUUCCGGCUCAGAUGAGGAGGAUGAGGCGGGCAAGACACAAAAAGGCCGAGAUAAUGCGCCAGUCACCAAGAGUGACAUUCUCGUCACCACGCCCCUCAUGCUGGUGAAUGCCUUAUCUGCGCAUCGCACGGCGACCAUGGCGACCUUGCCCCUGGUGCGGAGCCUGGUCAUGGACGAAGCGGAUGUGCUUUUGGACCCGCUAUUCCGCGAACAAACCCUUGAUAUUUGGCGAUCUUGCGUGCACCCCGACCUCCGCGUCAGUCUCUGGUCGGCCACCAUGGGCUCCAACAUUGAAGACCUCACCCGCUCGACCAUCAAGGAGCGCCAGGAGAAUCUCAGACUUAAACAAUCCAAGCCAAACCAGCUGAUUCGCCUUGUUGUGGGACUGAAGGACUCGGCCAUCCCCAACAUCGACCACCGACUCGUCUACGCAGCCACCGAGCAAGGAAAAUUGCUUGGGCUGCGCCAGCUCUUACGUCCCACCGCGGCAUCCGCCUCAGAUGUCCGCCUCCGUCCCCCAUUCCUCAUCUUCACACAAACCAUCCCUCGCGCAGUCGCCCUCCACUCUGAACUCAGAUACGACAUCCCCGCCGAAGCAGGCGGUUCCUCCCGCAUUGCCGUCCUUCACUCCGACCUCUCCGAUACGCAGCGGUCCGAGAUUAUGCGCGACUUCCGCAAAGGCGAGAUCUGGAUCCUGGUCACCACAGACCUGCUGGCGCGCGGCGUCGAUUUCCGUGGGAUCAACGGUGUCGUCAACUACGACAUCCCCACCUCUGCUGCGGUCUAUGUCCACCGCGUCGGACGGACUGGCCGUGCUGGUCGUGAGGGCGGCAUCGCCGUUACUUACUACACCAAGGAGGAUAUCCCCUACGUCAAAAGUAUCGCCAACAUCAUCGAUGUCAGUGAAAAGCUCCGUGGCGGAGACGGCGAUAAAUCCAUUCAGAAAUGGCUGCUGGAUGCCCUGCCGGAUCUGAGCAAGAAGGAUAAGCAAGAGCUGAAGAAGCAUGGUGUCAAGGCGCGCCAGACCACGAAAAACCUGGAUAAGGACCAGGGUGAUGGCAAGGGUUCUCGCGGUACGAGGAUUAGUACUAAGAGUGGGUUUGAGCGUCGCAUGGAAAAUCGCAAGAAGGGCGCUAUUGCGGCCAGUCGGAACCGGAAGAAUGUCGCUGCUGAGGCCGACAGUGAUGGUGGUAGCUGGGAUGGCCUGGAAGAUUAA